AUGACGCCACGUGGCAUGCCGUCGCCGUCGCCGCGUGGCGGGUAUGCCAGGGGGGGUGGCGGGAGAGGGUCGGCUAGUCGGCGGAGACGGGAGUCAGGGGACGGGAGCAUGGACAUGGGCGGGCAGGAGAGCGGGUACAGCUCGUCGCGGAGUGCGUCGAGACGAGGACCCAUGGACGAGGACGAGCGCUUUUCCCGAACCAGCAGCUUCGGCCAAGCCUCGGUCAGUUCGGCCCAUUCCGAACGCAUGCUCGACGACGAGCGGCGGCCGGGCGGGGCGCGCCCCUCCGUCUCGCGCACAUCCUCCUCCUCCUCCUCCGUCUCCGCCAUGUCCGCCAUGUCCGCGGCUUCCGCGCGCGAUCCGCGCAGUCCCGCGCCCUCGCGCUCGAAACUCGGCGCGGGCGGAAGCGGAAGUGCGAGCGGGGGGGAGGAACAGGUGCAGUAUUUCCGCGCGAAGACAAUCGCGGCGGUGGGGCGCGGGGCGGACAAUCGGACGAUCUCGGGGAAGGAUGUUCCGCGGCAGCGACUGCCCAUGCUUCCGCCGCCCGGAGCUCCGCAAGUCGUGCAGUGUCAGUGGUGCUUCCAAACCCUAGCCGUGCCAAUAAACCUGCCCCCGCCGAAGAAGGGCCAGCAGAAGCUGCGGUGCGGCAAGUGCCUCAAGGUGUCGCGCUACGCGGUCUUCCUUCCGCCCACGGCGGAAGAGGACGAAGAGGCGGAAGAUCAGCCGCCGCCGCAGCCGCCGCCACAGCAGCAGCAGCAGCGGCAACGGCGGCAGCAGCAGCCGCAGGGGGAGGAGGCGGAAGUGGCGGAAGAGGAGGAGGAGGAGCAACAGGCGCUCUCCGCGCGCGGAAGGUCCGCGUCAACGGGGACUUUCAGAACGCGGAGUUUCCAGGGCAAUGCGCAGCAGCAGGCGGGGGCGAUGGGCGCAGGGCGCGGAAGCAGCAGCGCCAGCAGGGGCGCGGGGAAUAUGUCAGAGGACGACUCAGGGGCGGGGAUGCGGGGGCCCGGGGGCAGGCGGAGCGUGAGCGGGGCAGCGCGCGGAGGGGCGGGCGGAGGAGGCGGGGGAGGGGAGAGUGACGCGGGGAACGAGUAUGGGGAGCAGGGGGGAGGGGGAAUGCCCUUUCCGCCCCCGCCAUCAGGCAGACACCGCAGGUCAGAGUCGAGCGGAAUGGGUGGCGGAGGCGGAUGGGAGGAUGGCGGGGGGGAGAACGGGCCAGGGGGGCCUAUGGGGGGCGGAAGGGCUGGUAGAAGGGGGAACGGAAGUCGAGGCGGGGACGAGGAGUAUUAUCAGCAACAGCAGCAGCAGCAGCAGCAGCAGAUGAUGCAGCAGCAGCAGCAGCAGCAGCAGCAGUAUCAGUAUGGGCCAGGGAGUGCGCGGGGGGAUGGGCGUUCCCCCUUGGGGAGGCAGCACUCGGGCGGAUUCAAUCCCGCCUCCCCCUCCCCCAGAGGCCGCGGCCGGGGCGGGCAGCAGUUCGGGCAGCAGCAGCAGUACGGGCAGCAGUACGGGCAGAUGCAGCAGCAAGGGAUGGAUCCCGCGGAUGGUGCGCCCAGCCCCAGACCCAUGGGGGGAGGGCGUGGGGGGAUGGGCGGCGGAGGCAUGGGCGGAGGGGCUAUGGGGCCAGGGAGCAUGGCGGGGAGAGGCGUGGGUAGCCCGAGAGUAGCUGGGAGAGGGGGAAUGGCGCGGGGGGACAUGGGGCCGGGGAGGGGCGGAGGCGGAGGGGGAGGUGGGCCCCCAGGGAGGGGAGGGAUGGGGAUGAUGGGGCAGGGAGCGCAAAUGGGGCGAGGACGAGGGGGAAUGGUGGGAGGGAGGAGAGGUGUGGAAGAGGAGGAGGAGGAAGAAGAAGAAGAGGAGGAAGAGGAAGAGGAGGAAGAAGAGGAGGAAGAGGAGGAAGAGGAAGAGGAGGAAGAGGAGGAGAGAGUAGGGAGCGGGCAGGAGUAUCGGAGGAGAGUGGUGGUGAACAGUGUGCCAAUCCCGGAUCGCCAGGUGGCAGAAGCUGAGAGGCUAGCUGGCCCCAUCAAUCCGGGCACCUAUUGGUACGACGUGGACGCUGGGUUCUGGGGAGUGGUGGGUGGGCCGUGCCUCGGCAUUAUCCCUGCGGGCAUAGAGCAGCUCGCCCUGGGACCACUGCAACGACAAGCAUCAGGGGGCCGCACGCGCGUGGUGGUGAACGGCAGAGAGCUGCACCGGCGGGACCUGGAUAUCCUCAUGCAGCGCGGGCUGGGGGAUGAACCGGGAGUGGCAUACCUGCUGGACAUCGAUGGCAAUUUGGUGGACGCUGCUACAGGAGAGGACCUUCCGCCUGGGCUUGGGAAACUCGCCCCCUCGCUGGAGGUCAAAGGGAGAGGGGCGGGCAUGUAUGUCCCCAAGUGA